CUUCACAAUUGCAUCUACCAUCUUUCCUCUCCCUCUUUGCAACCAACAUGCACAGGUGCAUUCCAAUCCCCGGUCCGUCCGACCCCGUUCUCGAUCCCCGAACCCGAAAAAUAAAAUUCCUAAACCGAUUCACCGUCCUAUCUCGCGGCGCCGCCUUAGCCAUCGACCCUUUGUUCCUCUUUGCCAUAACAGUCUCUCCUAGUCCGAAGCCAUGCAUUUAUAUUGACGGAACUAUGUUAUUAUUCGCCACCUUGUUAAGAACUUUUGUCGACUUAUUACAUGGCAUGCAUCUCUGGUUGAAGUUCCGGAUGGCUUACGUGGCCAAAGAGUCGCUGGUCAGCGGCAGCGGAGUGCUCGUGUGGGAUUCACGCGCCGUCGUGAAGCAGUACGUGGGGUCGCCCAAGGGCUUUUGGUUCGACUUGUUUGUCAUACUCCCGGUGCCGCAGGCUGUUUACUGGUUAAUAUUACCAGAACUACUAAAACAAGAAAAGGUAAAAGCUGUAAUGACUAUAAGUCAUAUAAUCUUCUUGCUGCAAUUCUUCCCUAAGCUGUACCACAGCUUCUACCUUAUGCAUGGAGUGAAGAAGGUCACAGGCUACAUUUUCGGCACUGCUUUGUGGGGCUUAAUCCUCAAUCUAAUCGCUUAUUUUCUUGCCUCACAUGUGUCGGGGGGAUUCUGGUAUAGUCUGUCAGUGCAACGUAUAGCAGAGUGCCUGAAGAAACAAUGUCAUGUAAGCAAACAAUGUGAGACACUUGCUUGGACUUGCCCGAGAGAGAUUUGUUACAGCAGCUUUACAAAUUCGUGUCUUGCCAAUUCCACCAUGAAGGGCAAUUUCUCGACCUGCAUGGACCAAAACGGAGAGUUCCCCUUUGGGAACUAUGCCUUUGCUCUGCCUCUUAUUGUUAAGAACUCUAACGUUGUCAAAAUUCUCUAUUCUGGUCUCUGGGGAAUCAUGUCUCUCAGCACUAUGGGCAGUAAUUUCGACCUUACGAGCCAGACAACUGAAGUAAGUUUUGCCAUAGUCAUGGUGCUCGCAGGCUUGUCACUCUUUACUUUUCUAAUUGGGAAUAUCCAGGUGUUUUUUCAUUCUGUGACGCCUAGACGGAGACAAAUGCAAUUGAGAUACUGUGACAUCAAGUGGUGGAUGGGACGGAGACAGAUACCAUCUGAGCUGAGGCGGAGAGUCCGGCAUUAUGAGCAAGAGAGAUGGAAAGUUAUGGGAGGCCAAGAUGAGAUGAAACUCAUCAAAAAUAUGCCGGAUGGACUGAGAAGAGAUAUCAAGCGUUAUCUCUGCUUGGACUUGGUGAGAAAGGUACCGCUGUUUGACAACUUGGAUGACCUUAUCCUCGACCAUAUUUGUGACCGGGUUAUACCCAUGGUCUACUCUGCAAAUGAAAAGAUUCUGAAAGAAGGUGAACCAGUACAACGCAUGGUGUUCAUUGUUAAAGGUUCCGUUAUGAGAAGUCAAAAUAUCACACAGGACAUGGUAACAACCACUCCAAUUGAACCUGGUGGCUUCAUUGGAGAUGAACUUAUUGCUUGGUGCCUUCGUAUACCAUUUGUAGACCGUUUCCCACCUUCAUCUGCGACAUUCACUUGUGUGGAGCCUGUUGAGGCAUAUGGUCUUAAUUCUGAUCAGCUUAAACAUAUAACGAAUCAUUUUCGUUAUACAUUCUCACGUGGUGAACUCAAGUACAAAACAAGGUACUACUCUUCAAAUUGGAGGUCAUGGGCUGCUGUCAAUAUACAAUUUGCAUGGAGGCGAUACUGGCAAAGGACUAGAGGUGAUUUCAUCAAUCGUGGCACAGGUAAUGCUGGUAGCAGUGAUGACGCAAGCACCAGCAGUGACCAGAAACUCCGCCAUUUUGCUGCAAUGUUCAUGUCCCUUAGGCCUAAAGACCACCUCGACUAAAAAUCUGCAGUAGUUAUUAUCAUCAGUUGUGUUUGGCCCGGAUUAUUAUGUGUGUGUAAACCGGUUAACAAAAGAGUUUCCCAGAACUUUUCUGUACUAAAAUAUUU